AUGAGUUCAAAAACAUACAAUUACGAGCGUCUGUCUCAAGACACACCCGUCUCUUUCCGCGUGCUGGAGCUGCUCCCAGGAGCGGACUCCGAUCCGAUCAGGUGCUACCUCCACAUCGCCAAUUGGGACGAUCAUCCCGAGUACGAGACCAUCUCAUACGCUUGGGGGGACCCGAACAUCCAAGAACAAGUCAUCUGCGAUGAUGGAGUCAUUCAUGUCACGAAGAGUUUGCACACUGCACUCACGCAUUUUCGUGAUCGCGACAGAGCGAGGUUUCUGUGGGCCGAUGCGCUCUGUAUCGACCAGAACAAUCUGUCGGAGCGAGGUUUCCAGGUCAAGCACAUGAAGAAAAUAUAUCAGAACGCCCGCAAAGUCCAAGUCUGGCUGGGAUCUGAUGACGAGGCGUUCCAGGCUGAGACGGCGAUCCGAUCGAUUGAAGCGAUUUCCGAUGCUCUGUACGCGAAGCUCGGACUCCAAAACGCAGGGAGUAACCACCAUAAAAAGAAGACGUAUCAAGAACUGCUGCUUCUACGUAAAGAUAACCUGCCGACUCCUCAAGAGAUCGGUAUCGAUCAAGGGUCGGUAUAUCGUGCGCUAGCAUGGUUCUACUCCCAUCGAUACUUCACCCGCAUAUGGGUGAUCCAGGAGAUCAGCGCCAAUGAGCAACGAGAGAUAAACGUCGGAGCUUUCAAGACCACCUGGGACCGUUUGGAUCUGGUCGCAAGCUACUUGGGCAUCGAGCCCAGCUUGGUAGCGCUACCAGAGUUCGCCAAUGCACACUGCUGGUGGGUUUCCACGAUCGCAGAAAUCACCUCGUUGCCUGAUCGAUGGCUGAGUAUCCUCUAUCUCGCAUCGAAUUACCAAUGUUUGGAUACCAGGGACGUCAUCUACGGUCUGCGGGGUCUGAUGACCUUGGGCACAGAAGAGGAUCUGCUCGAUCCGAAUUACGAAAAGUCUUUGAUCGACGUCUAUCGCGGCGCAGUCGAAGCGGCUCUCAUGCAUUUCCAGAACACAGAUGUGCUGCUGUAUGCAGUGGGUAAGGCAAAUCCAGCCUGGCCUUCUUGGAUUCCUCGUUGGGACAAACCGAUGCUUUUCCGCAAUCCCUUUCGUUUUGGAAAUGCCGCGUCAUUCAAGCCAACCGGCGGUGGGUUGGCUUCUUGGAAAAUCGAUAAAGAUGCGAAUGAGCUUAGUCUGAAAGGUUUCAUAGCCGGUCGCAUCGAAGUCGUUGAGACCUACAACCAGCGUUGGUUUGCUGAUGGUAUCCUCGAUGUCGCAGGAGAGAGAAGCAAAUUGAAGCUGGCAUGGACCAAGCUUCUACAAAACCUGAGCCCGGCUCACCAGACACCACAAUUGGGAGAAGACACUUUGACUUCCAUGGCCGUCGCUUUGUCGUUUGGCUUCGGGCGGAUUCUCAAUGAGACGGAACGACUCGAGACGCUCCAUUCGUUCGUGGCAUACCUCUUACUGGUGUUUGAGGAUAACAGAGGUGCGCUCGAACGGUACAUCCCGCCUACGCUUCUGCAAGACGUCAAAGCCUCUGAUGGUCACGUCUUCGGGAAGCCCGUAUGGGAUUUCGACUAUCCGGAUGCGAGCAUAUUCAUCACGAGUCGCAAGAUGAUCGGCUGUGCGGUGUCAACUGCGAAUGUCGGCGACAAUGUUUUUGUUCCGCUUGGAAGCGCCUAUCCACUUGUACUUGAACCUCACGUGGAGGCAAAUGGGCAGAGUCAUGGGAUCUUAGGGUUCUCCUACGUCGAUGGACUCAUGUUCGGAGAGCUGGCAGAAACGGAGGUGACUAAUGUCAUGAUCAGAUGA